ACGCCAAACUCGGUGAGAUAGGAGAGGUCGCGAAAUAGAAAGUAUCUCGACAUCAAAUCUCGUUUGUGAGGUGUGCAUUGGAGACUUCCGACGCGGCGCCUCAGGAAAACCCAUGACGAUCCACUGUCUUCAUCUGAUAAGACAGCCAACGGGAGUACCCCUAACACCAAAAUGACAAUGCCAGAGAAGAGCAAAGAGGCUGCGAGGAAACAAAGGCACCGGGCGAAUGUGAAGUCGAAACUCGAGAAUGAAAAAAACCGUCAGGCGGAACAAAAACAAACGUUUGUGUCGGUAUCAUGUCACUGCGCAACUCCCUGCUCUUCUACAAGGACGGAUUUCUGUGAGCUCUACGCGGCAGUCCCGCUUGCAGUCACCUCGGGCGAUUCGAAGACAUGGACACGCAUCAUCCGUUUGAUCAGGCUUAAACCAGCUAAGGAGGGCGAUCCUCUUGAGUGCGAUCUUUUCUACGCAUCGUUAGAUGAUGGCUACCAUUUCCAUGCCCUAUCAUAUGCAUGGGGGAGUUCCGACGACCCGCUACCAAUCCAUGUGAAUGGCCGCCGCGUCAACGUAACUAGAAACCUGCACACGGCUCUUUUUCAUCUCCGCAAUGAUAGAGCGACAACCGUCGUAUGGGUUGAUGCAAUAUGUAUCGAUCAGGGAAAUCUGCCAGAAAGGACUGACCAGGUCAAACACAUGCCACAGAUCUACCGUGCCGCCGCUGAAGUCAUUGCUUGGCUUGGAAAGGAAGCAGAUGGAAGUGGUCUUGUCAUGGAAUACAUCAAAAGCUACGCCAUCGGCACGAGUGAGGUCUUAAGCCGACGUUCAGAGCCGACUUUUUCCCAACUCGAAUCCUUAUGGGCUAGACCCUACUGGAGUCGCAUUUGGGUAGUUCAGGAGUUGGCAUCGGGCUACAGAUCAAGCGGCAAAUGCUUUAUCAAAUGUGGUCAUCAAUCCGUGCCGUUUGACCAGUUUCGACACUUUCUAGGAGAUUUCCUGGACAACUAUUUCUACACAGGACACGAUAGCGUGCUGGGGCCUAAAUUUCUACUUAACCUGAGUAUCAUACCCGAGGAGACAUCUUUCUUGGAGAUUCUAUCCAAAUCUGGCGCGCUGGAGUCUACAGACAAGCGUGAUAGGGUCUACGGAAUUAGGGGCAUCUCACCCGAAUUUUACCGCACCAAGAUUCCGGUGGAUUAUGAAAUCGAUUUUCAAGAGUUAUGCAGAACCGUUGUUUCAACAUAUAUCAAGAAAGAGAAGACACUGGAUAUAUUAUGCCAGUUUGGAACAUUGCCACCUCAAUACCCGUCCUGGGUGCGCGACUUGAGCAAUGUUAAUCACGGAGUAUCCCUGUCAGCCCACUCUGCCUCCGUUGGGGGUCAAUCCAACCCGACCAUCUCCGACAGCAUUCUCCAUGUCAAGGGGAAACGUAUUGGCGUAGUCGAACUUGUAAGAGGUCCUUACAAGUUCCCUCCCCUGGAAUCACUGAAGAUUGGCCAACCAUGGCCCACGAUGCCGAGGCUGAAGAGACUGGAAAACUUCGUCUUAGCAGCAAUGGGAAAGCGGCAUAGAGGCUCACCGUCUGGGAAUCUCCAUGAACGCUUCAUGAAUAUGGUCUCGGGGGAUAGGUGGCGAGGUACAGGCAUGCACGGCCUAAGGGUUUCCCUAGACCCAUACGAGACUUGGGAGUCAGUCAGUCGUUACAAAGAAGCCUCGCCCGUCGAUGAGCAAAUGAUGUUGGAAUAUAAGUACUUCACCUUUCUCUUCAGCCCACUGAUUGGUCGAACACUUUUCGCAACAGCUGGUGGCAAUGUUGGCGUCGGUCCGCCCAACAUGCAGAAAGAUGAUAUGAUAUGUUUGCUUUACGGGUGCAGCUACUGUGUUGUUUUGCGCAAAGUUAAGCAACGCCACUACGCUUUCAUAGGGCCGGCCUAUGUUGACAACGCAAUGAGUGGAGAGUACGUCAGGCAAGAAUAUGACGAUGAGGGAGCUCAAAUGAGGGAGGAACAGUUUCAUAUACAUUGAACCGGCUAAGGGGGUCGUAUCAAUGGCGCAUGUGUAGGCCUAUGACUAGUAGGCUCCCGAAGGCUCUAGGACCCCUCCGGAGUUUACGAAAGUCUCUAC